AUGGCGAAAGGAAGUAACAGUAAUCGAGAAUCUGAAGACCGUAAUGAGGAAGGGAGAAAUGGUAGAGGAAUUCGCGAAGGGAUUGUUAAUGGACAUAUCAAGAACAUAAGAAGGGAAGCUGGUGGAAGAGAUCAACGCUCACGUGGAGAAGGAAGUAAUGGACGAAGACGCGAAAGAAAACUGAAGGAUUCUUCUUCAGGGUCGUUGACGACACCAACUCCAGAUCACCUUUCGAAAACUUUCUAUCAGACACCUAUUAUCCUUGAACGAAGACCACAAACAUCUAGUGGUUCUACUUUACAGGCUUCAGAUAAAGUCGACGAAGAGAGCACUCCACAAACAACUCUUCAAACGUCAGUUCGUAUAUUUCGCGACGAUUCUUUUAAUCGCGCAUCUUCAGCUAAUGCACCACGCGUUGAACCUAAGCCAGUAACUUUUAAAGGAAAGCCAUUCGACAAGCCCUUUAUAAAAAUGAUAAAUGAGAAGGGUAUACUUAAUCAUGAUUCUGUCUUAAAGAUUUUAAGUGAUCUUCCUGGACAUUUCGUCGUUGGAGUAUGUGGACCUCAAGGAGUUGGAAAAUCUACAGUUAUAUCUGCAUUAUGUCAAGAUCCACAGAAUGCAUUCCCUAUGCAAUCAAUCGAUACACUAAAUUUAGCAAGCCAUGAAACUAUAGGUAUUGAUAUUCACAUCACACCUGAAAGAAUCAUACUUUUAGAUACUCAGCCUGUCUUCAGCCUAUCUGUUCUCGAACAUGCGAUGAGGAAUGAUUAUAUUCCUGAUAAUUUAUCACCCGAAUUAUGGCUUGAGCUACAGUCACUUCAAAUUGUUAUCUUUCUUUUUUCGGUUUGCAACGUUGUUAUUAAUGUCACUGAGGGGACUGUCUCUAUGUCAGAGUCAGUGGUAACGUUUAGACAUCCGGAUAAUAAUCAACGAUUACCAAAUCUCUUUCUUCUGCCCUACGAAAACAACCCUCUACGUCCCAAAGGGGAAUAUUCUGGAUUUACUUAUGUAAAUGCACCUGAUACAUUUACCGUCUUGGUAGAAUCUUUGAGAAAUCGAAUAUUUCAAUUGCCAAAGAAGGCUGGUAAAAAAGGCCAGGUGUCUGAAAAAGAAUGGUAUAUUAAUAAUUAA